AACCUAACCGAUUAAUAUAUACACUUGCUAACUGUUGUUUGUAAAAACUAGAGAACAAUUGUAACAAUGAGCAAGUGGAAGCUACAGGUCUUGCUUAUUCCGUUGGAUUACACAUAUGUGGCCACCGCGCAGGUCAAUACUCUGGUAAUCAAGCGAUUUCUACACUUGACCGAUCCUAACGCCGAAUUGGCAAUCAUUCGAGAAGAAAUCAAGGCCAAAUACAAAAAGCUCUACCCCAAUGACGAACCGCUAGACAUUGACCGACUACAAGAUGGCAACAACAAUGACUUGGAUCCCGAUUUCUUAGUCAAUGACGUCUUUUCCUCCGGGGACAUUUUGCGGAUUAUUGUUAAUAACCAAUUUAAACCGCUCACACCAUUCCACCACCCCCACUAUCCUCAGUUUGCUUCAGCACAAGCUACUCCGCUUCACUUAAACACUGGUGAUUUCUCAAUAGGCACCGUGGGAACAAGUCGUAAACGGACUCAAGAUUAUCUUG